GUAUCGCUUGUUGUUGUUGUUGUCGGCAAAAUGGCGUCUGGUGGUGAGGCCCCGGAGUCCUGGUACCUCGCCUUGCUUGGUUUUGCUGAACACUUUCGAACAUCAAGCCCUCCCAAGAUUCGUCUUUGUGUCCACUGCUUACAGGCCGUCUUCCAGUUUAAACCGCCACAGCGGGUGGAGGCUAGGACUCAUCUGCAGGUCGGCUCGGUGCUCUAUCACCAUACCAAGAACAGCGAACUCGCCCGAAAUCACUUGGAGAAAGCGUGGUUGAUAUCACAACAAAUACCACAGUUUGAAGAUGUUAAAUUUGAAGCUGCCAGCCUUCUGUCAGAAUUGUACUGCCAGCAGAAUCUUGUUGAUUCAGCAAAACCCUUGUUACGGAAGGCAAUCCAGAUCUCACAGCAGACGCCAUACUGGCAUUGCCGGCUUCUGUUUCAGCUUGCUCAACUACACACACUAGAGAAGGACCUUGUUUCAGCCUGUGAUCUCUUAGGCGUUGGAGCAGAAUAUGCCAGAGUGGUUGGCUCAGAAUACACAAGAGCACUAUUUCUCUUGAGUAAAGGAAUGCUGCUUCUCAUGGAGCGAAAGUUGCAGGAGGUUCAUCCAUUACUGACAUUGUGCGGUCAGAUUGUUGAGAACUGGCAAGGCAACCCAAUCCAAAAAGAGUCCCUGCGAGUUUUUUUCCUUGUACUUCAAGUGACACACUACUUGGAUGCUGGACAGGUUAAAAGCGUAAAGCCAUGUCUCAAGCAGUUGCAGCAGUGUAUACAAACUAUCUCCACGUUGCAUGAUGACGAAAUUCUGCCCACUAACCCUGCAGACCUCUUUCAUUGGUUGCCAAAAGAGCACAUGUGUGUGUUGGUGUACUUGGUAACAGUAAUGCAUUCCAUGCAGGCAGGAUACUUGGAGAAGGCACAGAAAUACACAGACAAAGCACUAAUGCAGUUAGAAAAGUUAAAAAUGCUGGACUGCAGUCCCAUUUUGUCAUCGUUCCAAGUGAUACUUUUGGAACACAUCAUUAUGUGUCGACUGGUGACCGGACACAAGGCCACUGCCUUGCAGGAGAUAUCCCAGGUUUGUCAACUGUGUCAACAGUCUCCAAGGUUAUUCUCCAAUCAUGCUGCUCAGCUACACACUUUACUAGGUCUUUACUGUAUUUCUGUUAACUGCAUGGACAACGCAGAAGCACAGUUUACAACAGCAUUACGACUUACAACACACCAGGAGCUAUGGACGUUUAUUGUUACAAACCUAGCUAGUGUGUACAUUCGAGAAGGAAACCGGCACCAGGAGCUCUACAGUCUAUUGGAGAGGAUAAAUCCUGAUCACAAUUUUCCUGUGAGCUCUCACUGUUUGCGAGCAGCUGCUUUCUAUAUCCGAGGUCUUCUUUCCUUCUUUCAAGGACGGUACAAUGAGGCCAAGCGAUUUCUGCGAGAGACCCUUAAAAUGUCCAAUGCUGAAGACUUGAAUCGAUUGACUGCUUGUUCUCUGGUCCUUCUUGGUCAUAUAUUCUAUGUGUUGGGAAAUCAUCGGGAGAGUAAUAACAUGGUAGUGCCUGCCAUGCAGCUUGCCAGCAAGAUCCCAGAUAUGUCUGUGCAGCUGUGGUCCUCUGCAUUGCUCAAAGAUCUAAACAAGGCAUGUGGGAAUACGAUUGAUGCACAUGAAGCAGCCCAGAUGCAUCAGAACUUCUCCCAGCAGCUCCUUCAGGACCAUAUUGCAGCCUGCAGCCUUCCUGAACACAACCUCAUUACUUGGACAGACGGCCCUCCUCCAGUGCAAUUCCAGGCUCAGAAUGGCCCAACCACCAGUCUGGCAAGUCUUCUAUGAGAGAUGCCUAACCUCUGUUGGCAGACAUACUUCAUGGUUGGAACUUGUGUUGCCAGAGGUUGGAAUCUAAACAACUUUAAUAUUUCACAUUUGGUUCUUGGAACAGUAGCUGGCAUAUGGAAAUCCUUCUGCCAGGAGUCUGGGUAUCAAGAAGUCACCCGCGCAUGCCUUGCUCAGGGAAUCUUUGUCAGUCUUUGGCCUAGCAGCUGCUUCCAUGGAUCCAUUAUGGAGACCUUUAUCCUACAGGUUUUGCUUGUUAUGAUGCCAGCAAGGAGAAUCCCACCUCAAACCAAGGGUGGCAGCACAGGUGCCAAGUCACCUACCACUGCAGGAUUGUUCUGGACCAGGAACCAUUAAAGAGGAAAUGAAGCCUUUUCAAAGAAAGUGUUAUUAAUGGGUGGUGUUUCAGACUCUCACUAGAAAGCGGGUUUUACUUAGUAACGUAAUAAUAAUGAAUGAAACAGUUUUAAUACCACUUUACGCCUCUUGCCACAUCAGAUGUUUGCUUAAUUUUCUGCAGAUUGAACUUCUUAUUUAACUACACUUUGAUGCAUAUUGCAUUCGAGCAUUACCAUAGUAAGAAGAAAUCUCCUUGAUAAACUGAUCAUUCAGUUAAUGCAAACUUUCUUCCACCGUCCCACCAAGUAAGCUUUGGCACUUCCUGUUUAGAAUCAAUUACCUAAGAAGAAUGUGUUCUACGGCAAACAAAUUUUAUUUAAAGCAUUUUUUCUCCCUUUCAUCUAUUCUUAACUGGAAAAAAAAGUCCUGCCCCGUUCCUGUAAUUGCAUUUGAAAUGCUAUUUUUGUGUUUUAGGGAUGGGAAAAGGAUAUUUUAUAAACUGCAAUACCAAUGUAGCACAAUUUCUAUUUUGCAUCUGUUUUAAAGCCUUACUUGGAAAAGAAUUUUGUCUCAUUUUAAAGCAAUUUGGGAAUUUUGAAUCCUUACUGGAUAUAAUCCCACCUACACACAGCUUGGGAGAAUUACAGCACUCACCUAUUACCAACAAAGGAAACUAUUUAUUGCAGGAACUGAUCCCUUUGUGUGACAAUAAGGUCCAGCAUACACAUCAGAUUUUUUUUUUUAUAAGCAAACAAUGGAUGGUUUGGUUUGGGGUCUGGUACAGGUCGUAGAAUCUCCCUUUCCCAAUACUGGCCAGUCUGUCAUUACUUGCCCCCUAGCCAAUUCCUCUCAACCUGGACUGAUGUGUAAUUUUUUUUCUUAACUGUACAGAUAAUGGAGAUACAAUAAUAUGAAUAUCUUGUUCAUUUUUCCCUGUUAAAGGUGCCUGUUCUGCUGGAUCCCUGCUGUUUCAGCAAAAGGAUGAGACAUUUUGUGGGGGGUGGGGGGACUAUUUUAAAUUUUGUAAAGUUUCAUAAUUUGUAUACUGCAGUUAAUAAUGUAAUUAAUCAUUUUAUUUUUACUUUUUCUCUUCUGAAAAUAUUUACUGUGUAGUUUGUAUAAAGAUGUGUUACAAAAUAACUUGUGCACCCUCCUAGUUUUUUUUCUCUCAUUUAAGUCUUGCAUAUGUUGCAUAGUCAUUUGCUUUGAUAUAAAACAAUUUAAAAUUUAUUUGAUAACCCACAGUUUCAUGAUGCCUUUUUUAAUCUCUUAUAUUUAAACUUUGUCCUCAUCCUAUAUCAGCGUUCCUAGUGGGUAUAAUAUGUACUUAAUAUUAAUCUUUACCAGUUGUGAUUGUCCCUAGUGCAGAUAGCUGCUGAGGACUGGUGGUCAAUUAGUCUUUCUCCAGUGUUUAGAGCCCAGCCGUAAGGUAAUGUAAAUAGCAGGCAAUACAUUAACAGAUACACCAUUAUAGUACAUAAUAAAGCAAAAAUUGUUAUAUAUUGUAAUUAUUUAGUAAUGUCUCUACAAAAAUAUGUUGCUAUGAUAAAAGGUCAGAAUUAAGAUUAAUACAUUAAAUACAGAAAUACCAGUUUUAUUAUGCAGAGGAAAGAGGUGUCUCUUUCAUUGCUGAUCUAAACUGGAAUAUCAAAUGUAAUAAAUGGACAAUUAGACAAAAUGGUGCCUUAAAACUUACUGAGAGUUAAUGAAUUAUAGCAUAGUUAGUAUUUGGAAAAACAAGGGAUGCCGUGUUCCUAAAUAUGUUUUUGCUGUUUAUUUUUGUGUUUUUUUCCUCCUUUCUGCAGCUUGGCUUGUUGCACUAAAUCACCAAAAUGAUGAAAGUCUACUGCAGUUUUAGCAGAGAAUCUGCUGACAGCUUGUAUCCAACAUAGGCAGUUAUACUAUUUUAAUCAAAAAAUGAAAUUUCCCAAGUAUAUAAUUUUCCAUUUAGUAGAUUUGAUUAACUUCUGGGCAAGGAUUUAAAACUAGUAUCCACUUUUGAAUGGUAUCUAUACUUCUGAACAACGUUUGUUUGUUUGUAUUUUGUUGAAAUACAAAUACUAUUAAGUCUGCAGGAAAAGUAUUGCAGCAGUACGAGGCUCUCUGAAAUUAUU